UUCCUGCUAAGGAACCGUAUGGAGUCCUUCAAUUAGCGUUAUCGGUGAGCUAAGAAAAUCUAGGACGGCUUCUAAGGUUUGGGCUUCUCACUUUGCGUCCAUCAUGGCUUGGACAAAGUACCAACUAUUUCUCGCUGGUUUAAUGCUUACUACGGGUUCCAUUAAUACGCUGUCGGCAAAGUGGGCUGACACAUUUUCUGCACCUGGUUGCUAUGGCUCUCCUGACCACCUUUUCUCCCACCCCUUCUUACAGGCUGUGUGCAUGUUUCUGGGGGAGCUUAGCUGCCUCGCUGUUUUCUACAUUCUUCUUUGUCAUGAUCGACACAAACCAGAGCCCACUGUGGAUCCGGGCCAGAGCUUCAACCCUGUCCUCUUCCUCCCUCCUGCUCUCUGUGACCUUAUAGGAACCUCCAUCAUGUAUAUUGCACUGAACAUGACCAGUGCCUCCAGUUUCCAGAUGUUGCGUGGGGCUGUGAUUAUCUUUACUGGCCUGUUGUCUGUGGCCUUCUUGGGCCGUCGGUUGGUACCCAGUCAGUGGAUUGGUAUAUGUAUUACCAUCCUGGGCCUCAUGGUGGUCGGGCUUGCGGAUUUCGUGAGUGGGAAUAGAAAUGAUGGGCACAAACUGAACGACGUCAUCACAGGUGACCUUUUGAUCAUCAUAGCUCAGAUCAUUGUUGCUGUCCAGAUGGUGCUGGAGGAGAAGUUUGUUUAUAAGCACAACGUCCAUCCUCUCAAAGCAGUGGGGACUGAGGGGUUCUUCGGUUUUGUGAUCCUUAGCAUCCUCUUAAUCCCAAUGUUCUACAUCCCAAUGCGCGGCUUUGCCAACAACCCCCGGCAUGUUCUGGAGGAUGUGCUGGAUGCAUUCUGCCAGAUCGGCCACAUGCCGCUCAUCAUCGUUGCGCUUCUCGGUAACACGGUUAGCAUUGCCUUCUUUAAUUUCGCUGGCAUCAGCGUCACCAAAGAGAUCAGCGCCACCACCCGCAUGGUGCUGGACAGCAUGCGCACACUGAUCAUCUGGGUGGUGAGCUUGGCCUUAGGCUGGGAGACCUUCCAUGGCCUGCAGAUUCUGGGCUUCAUCAUCCUGCUGGUGGGUACCGCGCUCUACAAUGGACUCCAUAAGCCCCUCAUGGCCAAGCUGCCCUGCUAUGCCGGAGAGCCAGGGCCGGAAGCAGGAGAUGCCGUCGAGAGAGAGAGACUGCUGGGUGGGGGCAGAGCAGAGGUGGAGAGCUAACGAUGCCCCAGGAUACUAUGUUAACAAAAGGCUGGACAUUUUUUGAUGCCUCUGUUCAGGUGUCUUGUCUGAGAACGUUGCAUGAGCUUUGUACUUGGUUCAGCACUGAACCUAAAUGACUGAAGAGGUGUGAAAAUUUCAAACAUGGUAGUAGCUGGUAGUUUGAAUAUAUAAAAGGGAUGUGUAUGAGUACCUAAAUACUUGUUUAAAAUAUAUUUUUUUAAUUAGUUGGUAAUAAAGAUUUAAAUGCUCAAUGUAUUUGAUGAGCUUUGUGCCAAGGUGGUCAUUGCAUUUUAAAACUGACCUGCUCUUGUUUUUUUGUUCAGUCUUGACCAAGUAAACAUGCUGCCUUUAAAAUG